GGGGCGGCAGUGAGGGCGGGCGGGCGCGCACCGACGGGGCUCUCGCCCCGCAGCUGAGCCGUGCCGAGCCGUGUGCCGAGCCGUGCCCAGCCCCGCUCCCCGGUGAUGCGCAGCGGCCCCCCCGCCUAACCCCGCUGCCCGCUGCCAUGGCGGCCCCGACCCCCGGGGGGGCGGCGGGGGUCCCGGCGGGGCUGCGGGCCGUCGCCUGGCUGCUGGCGUGCGCCGCGCUGUGCCGGGGCCCCGCCGCCGCCUGCCCGCCGCUCUGCGCCUGCAGCGGCAGCACCGUGGACUGCCACGGCACGGCCCUGCGCGCCGUGCCCAAGAGCAUCCCCCGCGGCACCGAGCGCCUGGAGCUCAAUGGCAACAACAUCACACGGAUCAACAAGAAUGACUUUGCCGGGCUGAAGCAGCUCCGCGUCCUGCAGCUGAUGGAAAACCAGAUCAGCACGGUGGAGCGUGGGGCGUUUGAUGACAUGAAGGAGCUGGAGCGGCUACGGCUGAACCGUAACCAGCUGCACACCCUCCCCGAGCUCCUCUUCCAGAACAACCUGGCACUGUCACGGCUGGACCUGAGCGAGAACUUCAUCCAGGCCAUCCCCAGGAAAGCUUUCCGCGGGGCCACUGACCUCAAGAACUUGCAACUGGACAAGAACCAGAUCAGCUGCAUCGAGGAUGGGGCUUUCCGUGCCCUGCGGGGGCUAGAGGUCCUGACCCUGAAUAACAACAAUAUCACUUCCAUCCCUGUGUCCAGCUUCAACCACAUGCCCAAGCUGCGGACGUUCCGCCUGCACUCCAACCACCUCUUCUGCGAUUGCCACCUAGCCUGGCUCUCGCAGUGGCUGCGCCAGCGUCCCACCAUCGGGCUCUUCACCCAGUGUGCUGCUCCAGCCCAGCUCCGCGGCCUCAACGUGGCUGAGAUCCAGAAGAAUGAGUUCAGCUGCUCCGCAGGACAAACAGACCCGGCACGUGCCCAGCUCUGCAGCUUGUCCUCUGGCUCCUGCCCAGCCAUGUGCACUUGCAGCAACGGCAUUGUGGACUGUCGGGGCAAGGGGCUGACAGCCAUCCCCGCCAACCUGCCCGAAACCAUGACGGAGAUACGUUUGGAGCUCAAUGGCAUCAAGUCCAUCCCCCCAGGUGCCUUCUCCCCCUACAAGAAGCUGCGGAGGAUAGACCUGAGCAACAACCAGAUCUCGGAGAUCGCCCCCGACGCCUUCCAGGGGCUGCGCUCACUGAACUCCCUGGUGCUGUAUGGCAACAAGAUCACGGACCUCCCCAGGGGUGUCUUCGGGGGACUUUUUGCCCUGCAGCUGCUGCUCCUCAAUGCCAAUAAGAUCAACUGCGUGCGGGCAGACGCCUUCCAGGACCUGCAGAACCUCUCGCUGCUCUCGCUCUACGACAACAAGAUCCAGAGCCUGGCCAAGGGCACCUUCACCUCCCUGCGGGCCAUCCAGACCCUGCACCUGGCCCAGAACCCCUUUGUCUGUGACUGCAACCUGAAGUGGCUGGCAGACUUCCUCCGCACCAACCCCAUCGAGACCAGUGGUGCCCGCUGCGCCAGCCCCCGGCGCCUGGCCAACAAACGCAUCGGCCAGAUCAAGAGCAAGAAGUUUCGCUGCUCCGCCAAAGAGCAGUAUUUCAUCCCAGGGACGGAGGAUUACCAGCUGAACAGCGAGUGCAACAGCGACGUGAUCUGCCCCCCGAAGUGCCGCUGCGAAUCCAAUGUGGUUGAGUGCUCCAACCUGAAGCUCACCAAGAUCCCGGAGCGCAUCCCGCAGUCCACAGCCGAGCUGCGCCUGAACAACAAUGAAAUCUCUGUUCUGGAGGCCACUGGCAUCUUCAAGAAACUCCCACAUCUGAAGAAAAUCAACCUCAGCAACAACAAGGUGUCCGAGAUCGAGGACGGAGCGUUUGAGGGGGCAUCCUCCGUCAGCGAGCUGCACCUCACCGUCAACCAGCUGGAGUCUGUGCGGAGUGGCAUGUUCAGGGGCCUGGAUGGGCUGAGGACACUGAUGCUGAGGAACAACCGCAUCAGCUGCAUCCACAACGACAGCUUCACAGGGCUGCGCAACGUCCGCCUGCUCUCCCUGUAUGACAACCAGAUCAGCACCAUCGCGCCGGGCGCCUUCGACACGCUGCAGUCCCUCUCCACGCUGAACCUGCUCGCCAACCCCUUCAACUGCAACUGCCAGCUGGCCUGGCUGGGGGACUGGCUGCGCAAGAGGAAGAUCGUGACGGGGAACCCGCGGUGCCAAAACCCCGACUUCCUCCGGCAGAUCCCUCUCCAGGACGUGGCUUUCCCCGACUUCAGGUGUGAGGAAGGUCAGGAGGAGACCAGCUGCAUCCCCCGGCCCCAGUGCCCGCAGGAGUGCACCUGCCUCGACACCGUUGUCCGCUGCAGCAACAAGCACCUCAAGGCCCUGCCCAAGGGGAUCCCCAAGAACGUCACGGAGCUCUACCUGGACGGAAACCAGUUCACUCAGGUCCCAGGGCAGCUCUCCACCUUCAAGUACCUGCAGCUCGUUGAUCUGAGCAACAACAAGAUCAGCUCCCUGAGCAACUCCUCCUUCACCAACAUGAGCCAGCUCACCACCCUGAUCCUCAGCUACAACUCCCUGCAGUGCAUCCCUCCGCUGGCCUUCGAGGGCCUCCGCUCCCUCCGGCUGCUGUCUCUCCACGGCAAUGACAUCUCCAGCCUGCCUGAGGGCAUCUUUGCAGAUGUCACCUCCCUGUCCCACCUAGCCAUCGGGGCCAACCCCCUGUACUGCAGCUGCAACCUGCGCUGGCUCUCCACCUGGGUCAAGACGGGGUACAAAGAGCCAGGUAUCGCCCGCUGUGCUGGGCCCCCCGACAUGGAAGGCAAGCUGCUGCUCACCACCCCUGCCAAGAAGUUCGAGUGCCAAGGCCCGCCCUCCCUGAGCGUCCAGGCCAAGUGCAACCCCUGCCUCUCCAGCCCCUGCCAGAACCGGGGCACCUGCCACAACGACCCCCUCGGCUUCUACCGCUGUGCCUGCACCAGCGGCUAUAAGGGCAGGGACUGUGAGGUGGCACUCAGCGGCUGCUCCUCCAACCCCUGUGCCAAUGGGGGGACCUGCCAGCCCCAGGAGGGGGAAGGAGCUGGGUUCAGGUGCCUGUGCCUGGUGGGCUUCGAGGGUCCGAGCUGCCGUGCUGCCAGCGACCCCUGCAAAGAGCACAGCUGCAAGAAUGGGGGCUCCUGCGUGCCCAGUGCCACCAACUACACCUGCCUGUGCCCUGCCCACUAUACAGGGGAUUUCUGUGAGCAGCCACCGGAUUUCUGCUCAGCUGAGCUCAGCCCAUGCCAGCACGGCUCCACCUGCAUCUCCACCAGUCAGGGGCACAGGUGUGAGUGUGCGCCCGGCUACGUGGGGAGCAACUGCAGCGAGGACUUCGAUGACUGCCAGGACCACCGAUGCCAGAACAAUGCCCGCUGCCUGGACGAGGUGAACGGCUACUCCUGCCUCUGCACCGAGGGCUACAGCGGCCAGCUCUGCGAGAUGCCACCCCGCACCACCGGCCAGCCUGGCCUCUGUGAGCGAGCUGAGUGCCAGAACGGGGCCCCGUGCGUGGAGCGGGGCGCCCGCGCCCUCUGCCAGUGCCUACCCGGCUUCGGCGGCCCCAAGUGUGAGAAGCUGCUGAGUGUCAACUUCGUGGACCGCGACACGUACCUGCAGUUCACCGACUUGCAGGACUGGCCCCGGGCCAAUAUCACCCUGCAGGUGUCCACAGCUGAAGGCAACGGCAUCCUGCUGUACAACGGUGACAGCGACCACAUGGCUGUGGAGCUGUACCAGGGCCACGUCAGGGUCAGCUAUGACCCCGGCACCCACCCCAGCUCAGCCAUCUACAGCGCUGAGACCAUCAAUGACGGGCAGUUCCACACCGUGGAGCUGGUGACCUUCGACCAGAUGGUGAACCUCUCCAUUGACGGUGGCAGCCCCAUGACCAUGGACAACUCGGGCAAGCACUACACGCUGAACAGUGAGGCCCCCCUCUACGUGGGAGGGAUGCCUGUGGACGUCAACUCGGCCGCCUUCCGCCUCUGGCAGCUCCUCAAUGGCACCAGCUUCCAUGGGUGCAUCCGCAACCUCUACAUCAACAAUGAGCUGCAGGAUUUCACCAAGACGCGGAUGACGCCGGGGGUGGUGCCAGGCUGCGAGCCCUGCCGCAAGCUCUACUGCCUGCACGGCAUCUGCCAGCCCGCCGGCGCCCAGGGCCCCGUCUGCCACUGCGAGCCCGGCUGGGACGGGCCCCACUGCGACCAGCCCCGUGGUGGCCCCUGCCAGGGGCACAAGUGUGUGCACGGGCUGUGCCUGCCCCUCGACGCCCUCUCCUACAGCUGCCAGUGCCGCGAGGGCUACCAGGGUGCCCUCUGCAACCAGCCCGCCGAGCCCCCCGACCCCUGCCGCCGCCGGCCCUGCGCCCACGGCCACUGCCGCCUCGCCCCGGGUGGCCAGCCCACCUGCGAGUGCCACGGCGGCUACACCGGAGCCCUCUGCGACCAAGAGCCGGAGUGCCGGGGGGAGCCGGUGCGGGACUACCACCAGGUACAGCGGGGCUACGCCAUCUGCCAGACGACGCGGCCGGUGGCCUGGGUGGAGUGCCGGGGGACCUGCCUCGGCCCCGGCGCCGGCUGCUGCACGGGGCUGCGGCUCCGGCGCAGGAAAUACGCCUUCGAGUGCAGCAACGGCGCGACCUUCGUGGAGGAGGUGGAGAAGCCCAGCAAGUGCGGCUGCAGUCAGUGCCUGUGAGCGGCCACCGGGCCCGGAGAGCCGGGGGGGGGGAUGUUGGGGAGCCCACCCCCCCUGCCCCGAGCCAAAGACCUCGCUUUGCCCUGCGGCCGCGGUGCUGCUGCCUGGGUGUUCCUGAACUGCAGCUGCAUCAGAGGAGCCCGGCAGAGGGUAGAGCUGUUGCAUCUAGAGUGUUGGGAAAAAAAAAAAAAAAAAAAAAAAGAAAAAACAAAUGUGUAGAUAGAGAAUUUUUUUAAGAAGUGCAGCUACACAGAUGUGUGGGUACAGGGUGGGCACUCUGACUUCCCCCCCCCCCUAGAGCUGCCCCACAGCCACGGAGGGCAGUGCCUGUCUCCCCCUGCGUGUCCCCUCCCUGGCAGCCCCGUCCCUUGCAUCCAGCCCAGCGAGCCGGGGGCUUUUCCAUCACCUGGGGCUGGAGCAGAACCUCUGACGCAGCAGAACCUCGUGGGCUGUGGCAAGCUGUGGCUGGCAGAGGGCUGUGCGGCGUAGCCGGCACCCCGUGAGCCCGGCUCCCCGACCUCUCCUCCGGCAGCCCUGGCCUCCCGGCCGCGGAUAGCAGCUGCAGCGAGCGGUUCCCCGGUGUGGUGCCGGGGGUGCUGGAGCCCAGAGAGCCCUAAAUCAUGUCACUGGCUCCACGGCCACAGCCUGACCCGCUGGGGCCACCCCCAGGCUGUGCUUGCGAGCCAGGCUCUGGGGUGCAUGGCCCACGGCUCCAGCCUUUCGUGGUGGUGUCGGGGCUGCGCUGGGUGGAGCAGGACCAGGGUGGUCCCAGGCGUGCUGAGCAGGGGCACGGGCACGGGCAGCGCGCUGCAGGGUCCAGCGCUGGGCUGUUGAUGUGGAGGGGGCCCCAAACGCCGCCAGGACACCAAGGUGGCUCUGCUCAGGUGGGAGCUGCACGGGACAGCGCAGAAACCCCUUUCCUCCAGGCUCAGCCCUGGGUGGGGGGCUCUGCAGCUGAGCAGAGGUGCCCCACAUCCCACUGGCCCAGCGAGCCGGGGCAGGAGGCUGCUGGGGCAGGCAGGGUGUGGGUUGGCCGUGCCCAGCGCCAGGGCUUGAGCCUUCUGGGUGCUGGGGCCGCUUGAAGAGGCUGAAGAUGCCCAAGCCUGCAAGCCUGGAGCUGCCACCGCUGCCACGGCGGGUCCCACCAGCUCCUGGACUCGUGUGGGUGGCCGGGCAGCACCCCUCAAAGCCCGCAGUGAAUGCACUGUGCUGGCACGGGAGCAGGGGCAGCGCUGCGUCCGGCGCAGCGUGGGGAGCCCGUGCCGGGGUACCGCGCACACCCGGCCUCCGCAGCAGCAUCGCUUCUACACCCGUGGGGGGCCGAGGAUGGUGGGAGCCUGACCUGGGACACCGCACGUGGGUGGAAAGCACGUCGCCACAGGCAGACAAGCUCAAACUCAUCCCAGGCUGCAGCCCUGGGUCUCUCCAUCGCACCCCUCCAGCGUGACGGCUUCAGGUCCACGCCGCCGGCUGCAGCCGGGCUCCGGGCAGCUCCACCGGGUGCAUCUGGCUUGGCGGGUGCCGUCACCGUACCUGCUCAUCACCACCACCCCGGAUGUUCCCACCACCAUGGGGAUGUGUUUCUGCCAGAAAGGGCCUCUUCACAGAAGGCCCCUCUGCUGCACAGAGGAGCCGGGACACGUCUCAUUUUGCCCAUGGCCCAUCCAGGGCUUGGUUGUGUUGUGUUUCUGUUCUUGCUGUAAGCUAACCUCUAAAGUAUCUCUUUAUACAGAAUACUUACAGAUUCUAAUAUAUAUUUGUAUUUCAUUUUGUUAUAGUAUUUUUAUAUGUUUGGGGUCAACAAAUUAUGUUUUCUUUUUGUUUACAGAUGCUACUGGGCAGGAAAGUGACGGUGGCUUUGUUUGGCCCGUGGGGUUUGUGUGUGUCACUGUUGAAGACGAUGGUUUGUACUAGGCUGGCAAGGGAGGCACUGAGCACCCUUCCGCUGGCAGAGGCUGUAUUGUUUUAGGAGAUGUUUGGUAUUGUCUAUGUUGUCUUCCAUGUGAACAUGACAUUUAUUCAUUCA